CGCAGGCUCACACUCGAAUCGCUUGGUACGCCGCCGAUGCCCCACAGCGCGCUGCACACCGCUACUAGUACGCUGGGCGCCUCGUGGUUCUCCAGUGGCACCCGCGCCUACGCCACGCCGUCCACCGACGCAAAGAAGCGCGCCUCGUUCAAAGUCUGGUCACGGCUCCUCGCUAACCUCACGGCCUACAUCUCAGUCUCGUUCUCGUUGUCGACAAGCUUCGUCGCGAUAGGUGCUGGCGCAUUGAACCGACGGCUCCUCUUCUAUAGCGCGGCGAACGACGUCUAUCGCCCGCUCUCGCAGACGUGUCGUCUGACGUCGAGUGGGUUUGCCCCCAACUCGUGCUCGCGUGACGAGUGGAGCUUACUUGCGACGCCCGCUGCGUGGAUCGCAACCGGCAACCAGCUCGCACACCUCCUUGAUGUCCCGCCGGCAUCAACGCUCUACGUCACAACGUGCGUCGUCGGCUGCAAUGACAAGUCCUCUGCGUCGGUCCAGCUGCUCAUGGGCUACAACAGCUAUCCAGAAUGCAACCCAAAACACGGAGGUCAGCCCAUCGCUGGUCUUGUUCUCCUCGAAGGCGCUACUGUCGACGAAGUCUACCCCCAAGGCGCGUACCUUUUGACGGUUUUUGCAGACGCGUCAAUGAACCAAACGACCAUGUUUGUCGACAGCGACGACAUUGAAACGCGUGUCGUUGACGACGUCGCGCGUGUCCUCGUCGGUGUCGAUGGGAGCUCGCAGUCGUAUGCGGAUGGUGCCAACGCCAUUUUGCGCUCGACACCGCUCGGUGCGCACUACGGUAUCGAAGCGUCGUGCACGGCACAGAUCGUCGACGUAUCAACAAAGGUGCAAGGCCAGCCAGGCUGGUGCUAUGGUGAGUAUUCGAAAAUUGCUGUCGUCACGGGCAAGGCGUGUGGACAUUCGGUCGCGAAUGCGUUGGAGAUUGAGUUGCUGCACUUGAUCUUGGUGGCGGUGACGCUCAUUGGGUGCUCGGCCGACAUCAUCACGACGCUCCAAGGGGUCCGUGGCGUCCUGCAGCACAAGCCGGUGCUCACCUAUGACUUCAUCUCGAGCUUGGAGCGCCGACGUGGGCUUCUCGGUAUCGGCGUCGCCACCGCGUACCCUGCCGCCAUCUUUAUCGAUGUUGGCCGGCUCUAUGACGCGUCGUCGACAUAUGGUGAAGUGGUGUGGUUUUGCGCCGUCGUCGUCGUCGCCAUGCUCUUUGCGUGGGGUAUAUUGUGGCUUAGCUUUUUUGUCUCGUCGAUUCCGAGUCCACGCGCACUGCUGCGCUAUCGACUCGUACCCAGUUCUGCUUCGGUGCUCUUGUACGCCGGGCUUCUCGCCCUCUUCUUUGAUCUGCUACCUCGGCACGACACAAUGUACAAAGAUAUGCUGGCCUCUGUAUCCAACAUCCUCACAUUGCACUUGGACGGGCAAGACUGUGCAUGCGGUGCGUAUGCUACCGCUGCGAUUCCGCCUGCGAUCAAUGGUGUAUUACCCGCCAUCUUUGGAUGGCUCGCGGUUUGCUAUAUUGCGAGUGUGGUCUAUGGCGUCUGCAAGUUGCGGUUCUUUAGUGACAAGUGGCUUCUUGACGCCAACUGGACCAAAGACAAUGUCUUCAUCAAGGUCUGUGGCGCUCCGCACUGGACGACAACGCUGCCGUUCGAUGCCGCUGACACGGUGCGCAUUGGCCAUCGACUCUUUUGCAAGCCGAGCAUGGUAGCCCGCUUGGGCUUUGUCGCGUUGGCGGCUAAGCCAGCGACCCGCCGCGUGCUCACGGAAGCUGCUGCAAAAAACGACGACGACGGGGUCUUGUGCCUCGUGAGCGUCUACGACUUCCUUGCAGCGCUCUUGCCGCCCCGCUGGAGACCGUAUGCACCCAAGAUCCUCGGGCAAAUCAAAAGCAACGACAUUCAGCCGCCCAGUUCCUGUCGCCUUGCGCCGUCCAAGCAGUUUACCUUUACGCGUGGGUCAUGUGUCGGGUAAACUCGAUAAUGUGAUGGUAAACUUGCGU